AUGCUAGCGCCCUCUUGUCUCUCCGCCCCCACAUGGUACCUCCUACGCUGUGCUGUUUGUCAGUACUUCAUUCGAGGCACCUGCAGAUUCGGCACCAGCUGCAGGAAUGAGCACCCCCAAGAAGGCCAGAAACAAGGCGUGUUCGGCAGUACCCUCGAAUCCCUGAACCGUGAUCUUACGAGCGAAAAACCGACAUGGCCUUUGUCUUCCUUUGGUCCGGCGAAGCAGCAGCCUCUCCUCGUGACGGGCCUGGAUGAGUCUCCGGAGGAGCUGAGAGUAAUGGCGGCAAAGGCGGCGCGGGAAGGCACCACUCAGGACUAUUUGAAGUAUGAGUCUGAGAAGAUCGCUGCGGCGGACUCGAUGUAUGCCCAAGCGAAGUCAAACAUGCAAUCCCUUCAUGCGCAAGCGGUGAGGAAUCACGGAUCACACAGUUCUGGUGCUCCCACAACUGGAUGGACGCCUACCGCAACCACCUCCGCUUUUGGUGCUCCUGCAUCUACUUCCGCGUUCGGUGCCCCAGCGUCCACCUCCGCGUUCGGAGCUCCGGCAUCCUCUUCUGCGUUUGGCGCUCCUGCGUCCACCGGUGCAUUCGGCAAGCCCUCAGGGUUUGGCGCAUUUGCCUCCACAGGAGCAUCUGCGUUUGGAGCAGGGGCCUCCACCAACACCACAUCCGCGUUCGGUCAGUCCGCGUUCGGUCAAUCAUCCCUUGGGAGUCAGUCGGCGUUUGGGAAGCCUGCCACCUUUGGCCAGCCCGCCCAGGGAGCACCAACGUCAGCAUUCGGCACACCUGCGUCAGGAACCACCUCCGCGUUCGGCCAGCCAGCGGCUGGCGGGACUGCGUCAGCAUUUGGACAGCCCGCCUCAGGCUCUGGCGUGUCUGCGUUUGGCCAACCAGCAGCGGGAUCUGCAGGCUCAGCAUUCGGGCAGCCCUCACAGGGCGGGUCGAGCGCGUUCGGGCAGCCCUCUCAAGCGCCAGCCGCCUCAGCCUUCGGCCAACCUGCUCAAGGCUCGACGACAUCGGCGUUCGGACAACCUGCCUUCGGAGCUUCUGCCUUCGGAAAGCCUGCUUUCGGAACACCAACCGGUCCAGCAACUACCUCCGCCUUUGGCACUCCUUCACUAGGUUCUGGCACUUCCGCCUUCGGCGCGCCCGCGCAAGGCGCAACCACUUCACCUUUUGGUGCCCCGCAAUCGACUGCAUUCGGGAAACCGGCGGGUACGACGUCCGCGUUCGCUGCGCCCGCGGCAUCCACGACAGGCGGCGCUUUCUCGGCGUUCGCCAACCCUCAAGCUGGCCCCGCCGGUGGAGGUGGCGCGUUCUCGGCGUUUGCGGGCGGACAGAAUUCUGCCUUCGGGCUCGCUGCGGCCUCCAAACCCGCCGCCUUUGGACAGUCCGCGUUCGGGAGCGGGGGAAGUGCCGCGCCCACCUCCGCUUUUGGUACGCCCGCGCCAUCAGCGACCUCAGCCUUCGGCGCCCCCGCUGCAACCUCUGCGUUUGGGGCCCCUGCGUUCCCGACAGCCUCAAAUCCCCAGCCCGUGGCUUUCACUCCGAGUGGUGGCAGCUCGAAAAACACCGGCUCGGCCUUCGCUCCCCAGCGUAUCGCCGCCACGACGACCUCGAAGGGGCGACUGGUGUACAAGCCCGGGCGGACCAAGUACGACGACCUGCUCCCACCGAACUACAAGGAUAUCCUGCCGAAGUCGGUGAUGGACCAGUUCCUGAGCCCGAGCGAGAAGUUCGACUGGACGGAGAUCCCGGAGUGCGUACCACCGAAGGAGGUGCGGUAG